GACAGGGGACUGGUCCUUGGUAAUGCUUUGGCCGGGGCUCCUGAAGUGGGAGGAGAAAGCAGAGGGCAUGGAUAUGCCGAGCGGGGUUCUGAGUAUGAAACUGCCAGGUGCCUCCUCCCAGCACUAUCUGCUCCCAAGCACCCUCCCUCUUACUAGAGCCUAGCCGCCCUUUAUCAGCCAGAGCCUUCUGCCCCCGGGAAGCCAGCCGGCGCCUUUAAAGAAAACUGAGCACCUCCCACCACUUCGAACCCAAAACUACCUGCAAUAAAGACUAUUUAUGGAGAGAAAGGAAGGAUGAAUGGACAGUCUUUGAUUGGCGCCGCUGGGGACGCCCCUCGUGGUCCUCUUUGGAAGGACCCUUGUGGAGAUGAGGCUGGUGAGGCCGGGCUCCGAGGCUUCGCCUGGCUCGGCGUGGUCCGGGCACACAGGCCCCCGGAUCAGGUGCUUGUUGGCUAUGAUAAAUGCAACAAGGAUGGGGCCAAAACUAGCCAUGAGGACCCCUUAUUCACAGCCUGGCCACAGGGAGAAGAUGAGCUGGUUUAUCUGGAUAGAUUUGGGGAGCCGGAGGAAGAGGUAACCAUGGAGGACAGCCCCACUAUGGUUAAAAUGGACCAGGGUGAAAAUCAGGUUUUACCAAGUCCAAGAAGAAGGUGUCUCCCCAAGGCACUUGGCUACAUCACUGGUGAUAUGAAAGAAUUCGCCAGCUGGCUUAAAGACAAACCACAGGUGCUCCAGUUUGUUGACUGGGUCCUUCGGGGCAUAUCCCAAGUGGUGUUCGUCAGCAACCCCAUCAGUGGAAUCUUGAUUCUGGUGGGACUCCUGGUCCAGAAUCCCUGGUGGGCACUUAACGGCUGUGUGGGAACGGUGGUCUCCACCCUGACGGCCCUAUUACUUGCUCAGGACAGGUCAGCAAUAGCCACAGGACUCCAAGGCUACAAUGCCACACUGCUGGGAAUCCUCAUGGCUGUCUUUUCAGACAAGGGCAACUAUUUCUGGUGGCUAUUACUCCCGGUGUCGGCUAUGUCCAUGACUUGUCCAAUUUUCUCAAGCGCGUUGAACUCCUUGUUCUGCAAAUGGGAUCUCCCGGUCUUCACUCUGCCCUUCAACAUGGCAUUGUCGAUGUACCUAUCGGCCACAGGACAUUACAAUCCAUUCUUCCCAGGCAAAUUGUUCAAACCUGUAACCUCGGUUCCCAAUGUCACCUGGCCUGAGCUCAAUGCCCUGCAGUUAUUGAAAUCACUGCCCGUGGGUGUGGGCCAGAUCUAUGGCUGUGAUAACCCGUGGUCCGGGGGCAUUUUCCUGUUCGCCCUUCUGCUCUCCUCCCCACUCAUGUGCCUGCACGCAGCCAUCGGAUCGCUGCUGGGGAUAGCAGCAGGACUCAGUGUUUCGGAGCCUUUUGAGAACAUCUACUUUGGACUCUGGGGUUUCAACAGCUCUCUGGCCUGCAUUGCAAUCGGAGGAAUGUUCUUGGCUCUCACCUGGCAAACCCACAUCCUAGCUCUCGCCUGUGCUCUGUUCACUGCCUACCUCGGAGUCAGCCUGUCCCACAUGAUGGCUGUGGUGGGGCUGCCGGCUUGCACCUGGCCCUUCUGUUUGGCCACACUCCUCUUCCUCUUGCUGACCACGAAAAAUGCCAACAUCUAUAGGAUGCCCCUCAGCAAAGUCACUUAUCCUGAAGAAAACCGCAUCUUCUACCUCCAGGCCAAGAAGAAAAGGAUGGUUGAAAGCCCUUUGUGAGAGCAACCCCCACCCACAGCCAAGGUCCCAAGGGGGGACUGACAUGGCUGACUGCCCCCACGUGACUCCCACGUUUUCACUAGCUGUUUUUCACUAGCAACAACAUUCACACUAACCCAUUGGCAAUCUGCUCUUAGGCUCAUUUUUGCGGCUUUCUUUUAGACUCCAGGAACAUCCCCAAACGUGUGAGAGACACGUCCAGAUGGUCUGCCCUGGUUGGGGCGUGGGUGCUAGACAUACACUCUACUUAUAAAGUCAAAUGCUCCAACAGAAAGAAGACGUGAGACCAGAGCUCACUAUUUCUCGAUAUUCUUGGUGUUUGUUUGGCUGCAUGAUACUGACAGUAUUAAAAAUUAAGCUCUACAAACCAAAGAAGCCUUCAAAGAAUGGAAUUGGUGGUCACAAAUCAAAGUCAACCUAGAAUUCUCCGAUAAGCAGUUUGACUUGUUUAAAAUCAAUACAAGUUCCGUGAGACAGCUGUGGCGCCCACAGCUGGUUCUCCAGCUCCUGGGCAGAAGGGCCUGGAUGCGGUCCUAUGUAUGUAAGGGAUUCUACAGGAGACGGUUGAUUCUUUCCAGGCUGACACAUUGUGUGGGAGGGAGAAAGGGAUUUUAUCAGUCAGAAUGACUCUGUAGUGUUAUUUUUCUUAGACAUCACAAAAGACAUUUUAGAUAAAGUAUAUGAUAUUUUUCUUAGGGGAA